AUGGUUGAGCUGGACAAAGUCACGUUCAUUUUUCAAGUCAUCUUCAAGAAAGGGAGUUUCAAGUACCUGAGGUCGAUUAUACAAGGGGAUGUGGAUAUUGACGAGAAUGUUACGCACCAUAUAGAAGUGGAGCGGAUGAAAUGGAGGCUAGCGUCUGGUGUCCUGUGUGACAGGAAGGUGUCUCUGGAACUUAAAGGAAAGUUCUAUAGAGCGGUGCUUAGGCCGGCUAUAUUGUAUGGUGCAGAGUGUUGGCUAGCCAAAAAUUCUCAUACCCAGAAGAUGAAAGUUGCAGAGAUGAGGAUGCUGAGAUGGAUGUGCAGGCACACUAGAUUGAUAAGAUUAGGAAUGAAGAUAUUCGAGUGA